AUGAAGUACGUUGGAUCCUGCAUAGUUUGGCUUUGUAUGGCAGUCUUCCUCGUCCUUCCUGUUUCUGCUUCUGCAGCUGUCAGUGACCAGACAGGUGCUGUGUGUCCUUUAAUGAAAACAGGUGUCCAUCAUCUCAAACAAAUCAACAGAGACAGCCUUGGUGUUUCAGGAUUUGAUCUGGCUGAAAGGUUUUCUUUGAGGCAAACGUCUUGUGGAGGUGAAAAAGUCUGUUUUAAACUGGGAAGCGCACCUCUCAUCAGAGACACAAAACAAGUAUUUCCAAAUGGGCUUCCUGAAGAAUACUCUCUAGUUGCUACUUUCCGUCUGCGGCGAAAUACCAAGAAAGAGCGUUGGUAUAUAUGGCAAAUUUUAAAUCAGUAUGACACACCCGAGAUCUCUGUCCUUCUGGAUGGUACAAAAAAGGUUGUGGAGUAUAUGACCAAAUCUGCUCAGAGAAAUAUACUGCACUACACUUUUAAGAGUCGAGAAAUAUAUCCAUUGUUUGAUCGGCAGUGGCAUAAGCUUGGUAUUAGCGUGCAGUCGGGGAUCAUUUCCCUCUAUUUGGAUUGUAAUUUAAUUGAGAGAAAGCAGACUGAUGAAAAAUUCACCGUUGACUUGCAAGGAAGGACUCUGAUUGCUUCCCGUGCUGCAGAUGAUAAGCCUGUAGAUAUUGAACUUCACCGCAUAACAGUUUAUUGUAAUCCAAAGCUUGGAACAGAAGAUACGUGUUGUGAAAUAUCUGCAGACCUGUGUCCGCAUGAGGAGAGGUUACUUGCUACAACUUCAUCCCCAGUGACUGUUCAUGACAGCAAAAUAUACAUGCUUCCAGGAAUGCAGCAAGAGUCUGGAGAGAAAUGCCACUGCUAUCCAAAUAAAGGAGAAGCAGGAUUGCCAGGAGUGGCUGGUUUGCCAGGCCAGAAAGGAGAUAAAGGUGAAAAGGGUGAAAUGGGCGCGAAAGGACAGGGCGGUGUUGCUGGUCUCCCUGGCGAAAAGGGUGAACGUGGCUUUGUGGGGAGUAAAGGUGAAGAAGGUGAAAAGGGUGAAAAAGGAGAUAAAGGAGAACCAGGACCUGAAGGCAUUCAAGGAAGAGAGGGACUAAAAGGUGACCCUGGUAGUCCUGGUGUGGCUGGUCCUAAAGGAGAAAAGGGAGAUGCAGGACCUCCAGGACCAACUGCCUUGAGCGGCUUGCCAGGGCUGGAAGGUCCACAAGGCCCACCUGGCAAAGAAGGUCAAAGGGGAAGACGAGGCAAGCCAGGCCUCCCAGGAAAACCAGGACCACCAGGGCCUCCUGGUCCUUCUGGGCUGAAAGGAAUUCUAGAUUCAUUGAACAAGCAUUAUAAUGAGAGUGAUACAAGACUCUCAGCAUUACUUGGGACCCCUGGACCCAAAGGCCAGAAGGGAGACAUUGGUGAAAAAGGAGAAUUGGGAAUGGCUGGCACAAAAGGAGAAAAGGGAGAGCCUUCUGAGAAAGGGGACAAAGGAGAUCCAGGUGAAACUGGAAUGGAGGGAUCAAAAGGGAAUAAGGGUGAAACAGGAGACCCUGGGCCACCUGGUCUUACUGGAAAUCCAGGAUCAAAGGGACUGCAAGGACCUCCAGGACCUGUUGGACCCAGGGGACUGCCAGGAGAAGUUGGUUUACCAGGAGAGCAUGGGGAACCAGGAAACCCAGGAGUUAAAGGAGACAAGGGAGACCCAGGUGGGCUCAUGGGACCACCUGGACAUCCAGGUCCAAAAGGUGACAUGGGGCCUCCUGGACCAAGUCUGCCUGGAACACCAGGUCCCACUGGUGUUCCUGGAAACCCGGGUCCACGGGGACCAAAGGGAGAAAGAGGACUACCUGGUGUACAAGGAGCACCUGGGGAGAUGGGACCACCUGGGAUAGGCAUUCAGGGAUCACCAGGUCCUAUAGGUCCAACGGGAUCAGCAGGUGUGCAGGGCCCUAGGGGACCCCCAGGAUUACCAGGAACUCCAGGUACCCCUGGUAUUAAUGGCACUCCAGGAAGAGAUGGAAAGCCAGGACUGCCAGGCCCUCCAGGUGACCCUAUUGCACUGCCACUUGUGGGAGAUAUGGGUGCCAUACUGAAGGGUGAGCCUGGCACAAGAGGUCCUCCAGGCAUCCCUGGUAGAGAAGGGCCAAAGGGAAGCAAAGGUGAACGUGGUUUUCCUGGGCUUGCUGGAGAGAAAGGCGAUGAGGGCCUCCAAGGUGCUCCUGGACUGCCGGGCAUACCAGGACCCAGUGGACCAUCUGGAGCCACAGGAAGACCUGGACAUCCUGGUCCAGCAGGGUCAAAAGGCGAAAAGGGUAGUGAAGGUUCUCCUGGGAAACCUGGACCACCUGGGCCUCCGGGUAUGCCUUACAAUGAAAGAAAUGGAAUGAGCAGCUUAUAUAAACUCCAGGGAGGUGUGAGUGUCGCUAGUUAUCCAGGUCCACCAGGACCUCCAGGUCCAAAAGGAGAUCCUGGCACAGUGGGCGACCCAGGACCAAUGGGUUUACCAGGACUGGAAGGACUCCCAGGGGAAAAGGGUGACCGUGGACCAGCUGGCACACCAGGAGUGGCGGGAACACCGGGAAAGCCAGGAUCUCCCGGGUCCCCAGGGAUGCCAGGGGAACCUGGUGAAAGAGGACCUAUAGGAGAUAUAGGCUUCCCUGGGCCAGAAGGACCACAAGGAAAACCAGGAAUCAAUGGAAAGGAUGGAUUGCCAGGUCCUCCGGGUGCUGUGGGGAGACCAGGAGACCGAGGACCCAAAGGAGAACGUGGAGAUCAGGGUAUUCCAGGGGACAGAGGUCCGCAAGGCGAACGAGGGAAACCUGGUCCAUCGGGAGAAAAGGGGGAUGUGGGUCCUAUUGGGCCACCAGGAGACAGAGGCUAUCCAGGAUCACCGGGUCAUCAAGGCCCCCCAGGUUCACCAGGACCCCCAGGGUUUCUGGCUGACACAGUGUCACUUGAAGAAAUAAAAAAAUAUAUAAAACAAGAAGUUCUCAAAGUUUUUGAAGAAAGGAUGGCUCAGUUUGUAUCCCAGAUGAAGCUGCCAGCUGCAAUGCUUGCUUCCCAGUCUCAUGGAAAACCAGGUCCCCCAGGAAAAGAUGGGCUACCAGGGCCACCAGGAAAGGAUGGUUUGCCAGGGCCACCAGGAGAGCGUGGAAUUCAAGGUUAUAGAGGACAGAAAGGGGAAAGAGGCGAGCCUGGAAUUGGACUGCCCGGUAAUCCUGGACCACCUGGCCCUGCAGCCACUGGCCUGCCAGGCCCACCGGGAACGCCAGGCUCGCCCGGACCGCAGGGGCCAGCUGGACCCCACGGGAGGUGCAAUCCGGCCGAUUGCUAUUACCACAUAGCACAGACUCGGUCACACGCCAGCGGGAAAUAAAACCCCUCUCUUCUAGACGCUUGGGUUCACAGUCACUUUUCACUCCUCUCAUGAAGUUAAUUUAACUUUUGAAAUAUUUGGUGCAUUUUUUUUUUCGCUCGACACUGCAUGGUAUAUAGGUAAUUUAUAAGGCACAGAGUUGAGCCUUUUUCUGCGUUAUUUGCAGUGUCGUAAUUAUGAAAUGAUGAUAUAUAUUUUCCAGAGUGCAUUCCAUGUGUUAUGUUUCUCAUAUUUAUUUUGCUUAGAGGACAAAAUAAGCCUAAAUGAUUUUCAUAAGCUUCUUCCUUCAAACAAAAAGUGUUUUAUUAUAACGUAAGACAGUAUGUAUGCCACAGUAUGUAAGAUGGCUUUAUUUUUCUUGCUGGUGGUGAAGUUUAAAUGGAGAAAAUGCAUUUCUG